GGUGUGGAAAAUGUGGUGCCAAAGGCCACAAAAGCGGAUCAUGCACUGCAACCAACCUCAACUGCACCACAUAUAACCGCACUAGCCAUGUCCAGGAAGUCUUUAAUAUGCGUAGAAAUACACACAAUUACAAUUAUGUUGGUCCCACUUUAGCAUCUUUACGCCCCGGCAUCAAGGCACUACACAACCCAAAUAAUGGUUUCCUUAUCGACGGCGGUGCCGAAGUGAAUUUACUUCAUCCCAACUCACGACACUUACUCACCAAGAUAAAGACAGGCACUUUUCCACUACUUUUAGCCGACGACAGCGAAUGUAUUGUCCACGAACGCGGGUACUUACCCCAACUGGGUGCAACAUACAUCACUCCAACA